ACAAAUCGAACAGGUGUGGUACUUAUCUGGCUUCAUGGAUCGAAGCGCUGAAGCCAUAAUCUUUUUUCCUCCUUGCAGUAGUCACACUUUGACUUUCAUGACGACUGGCUCGUACAGAAAGUCUAGGCGAGUAUGCAAAUGACCUAAACUACCUGUCAAGAAAAUGACCCGCUCAUGAAAUUGCCAAAGAAGAAGCAUAGGUCUAGACGUCAAACCUUAUGUGACUGGUGCGUUCAUUCCUGUUUGCUGUGAUAGAUGAUGACGGGUUAUCGGUGAUUAUCGUGGAAGUAUAAGUGAUAAUCUGAUAAAAAAGAGUGCAAAGGAUAAAGGACAAUUAUUCAGGUUAUUCAAUAUGCUGAGCAGUCCAACAUGGUCGGGGAGCAUCCAGCAAGAUUUGAUAGAAAAACUGUGGGUGGCAAUUCUGACUUGGGAUGCAGACGAUGCGGCUUCCGUGCAAAAAUCUCGCGAUGACGAGGCGAAAAAGAAAGCAGGAAAGAGAGAUGAUGAUGAUUUAAGCGACGAAAGCACUAGUAGUAGUAGUGAUGAUAGUGAUGAUCAUGACAGUGACCUUGGCGACGAUUUCAGCGACUUGGGAGCGGUAGGCGACAGCAGCAGGCUUCCGCAAGUUAAUCGAUUCGAUCUGUUUUCUGUAGCGAAACUGAAGCAGAGCCAACAGAAGAAUGGCGGUAGCACCGAAUUGCAGGAUGUCAACGGAAACUUGAAAGACGAGGAGAAGGAAAGUGACGAUAAAACGGACAAAAUAGCGAACGAAAAACAGAAAGAAAUAGAAUCUUCUAUCGCGGGAGAAGCGACAGAAGGUCAACCUAGUAAUGUUUCUCCCAAAGUUUCGCCACAAGCACCCGGUGCUAGGCCGAAACUCAUUCAGUCGAAAUCUCACCAUUCCAUUGGUACCGAAAGCCAGAGGCCUCGUCCUAAUACCCUCAGCUUCACUAAACCUCAGAAUACAGGUAAAAAGCUGUUUCACUCUUCUUCUUUUUCUUUUCCCUCCCGAUAUCCUACCGGCGCCAAAUCGAGAGGCGGUCCAGACAAAGAAAGUCCUGUUUCUCAUUUUGCAAAGCCGGGAAAUUGCAGAGACAGGAAGAGUCCUCUUGGAGUCCCAAAGCAAAGUCCUUCCGGACUACCGGCCAGCCCACAGAGGCCCCAGAGAGUCUUCCCUUCGCAGGACAGGGCUAACUUGCUCGACGUCGUCCCACGCAGGAGGCUCAUGUCAGACCCUAAAUCUUCUCAUGGGACUAGCGGCGCCUCGAGGGCCACCGCCGUCUGGCAUAGGAAAGCGGUGACCCCUGAUGCCUCCAGGCCCUACCCACCACUUCACAGACUCGAAAGCAUUAAAAGGGAAGCUAAGAAUGACGAGGCUUCGUUGCAACAGAGGCGGAGUCUCAGAGGAAACCUUCGCAGGUGGAACACUAGUACUAGUACUACUACUACUGGUAGUACUACGAGAAAAGACGUCCGCCCAUCCAGCGUCUUCAUGUCACCAUCCCUAGGAGACGAGGCGAGGGGAACCGCUAAUUGCAAGAAGAGCCCCCAAAAGACAGGUGAGAAGCAGGAAAAACAAAAAAUCUUGUCGAGUCCCGACGUCUCAACCGCAAACAGAAGAAAGGGAAACGCCGCGCAGCCUUGUAAACCGAAUGGUGCAACGAAUAGUAUUACAACAUUCUCCUCUCAGAGAGCGAAUAUUACGAAUAUUAAAUCGCCAAACAAGGAAACGCAGCGACUGGCGGAUACUCCAUCGUUGAGUCAACGUAAAUUAACUGCGAAGAAGGUCAACGCAAAAGGCCAAGAGCCAACAAAGCUCUCGCAGAACGCAGAACCUUUGAGAGAAGUACGCGGGAGACGCGGCGAGACAGAGGUAGAUAUUCCCGACGGAAACUCGAGAGAAGAGGAAGAGGCAACAAACAAAGCUGGCGGGGCAGACCCCGAUUUGCACGAAAGGACCAUAUACGGCAAUGAAGCCGAGGUCACUAGGCUGGAGAACUGCCUUAAAGAGGCCAUACUCGGCGUCUUGCAGGGACUUCCAGAAGGUUGGAUAUUGGUUCCAGAACACACGGCCGAGUUAUUCUCAUCCCUGUCUUCAGUGGUGGACUCCUUCCCCCGCCCAAAUCACGCCCGCUCCCGCGUUCUGGAGGCCAUUGUUGACGCCCACGCCAAAAGGCCUUGCGACAAGGGCGAGAUUGCAGCGCUGAACAACGCCCACCUACUGCUCUACGUCGGCCUAAAGCUCUGCAGCCAAUUCUGGGGACGCUCGCCCACUGGAGCUGGGAGGGAAUCUAUGCUGAAGCCUCCAGCGGAGGGAGGUGGUCUCCAACUGUCCUCGGAGACCAAGGAGCCAAGGAAAGGUCCGGCAGCAGGGUGUCUGGGGAAUGAGGAUGAAGGCAAGGAAUCCAGGAAUGAGGAUGAAGGCAAGGAAUCCAGGAAUGAGGAUGAAAGCAAGGAAUCCAGGAAUGAGGAUGAAGCCGAGGACCCCAGGAAUGAGGACGGAAGCAAAGAAUCCGGGAAUGAGAAUGCCUCGGGGAAAGGUGCUCCAAGCUGUGGCAGAGAGGAGAACGGGAAUAGUGACGUCAAGCUGGAAUUGGAGCAGAAGGGAAUCGCUCUGAAGAUUUUGGGGGAAAUUCUGAAGUGCGAAGGCUCUUUUGAUAGGUUGAUGAUGUGCCUUCUUCUGGGUUCCAGGGCCCCUGGACGCGGGUCUGGAUGGUAUUGCGAGACUGAGGACGAAAACGAGAAGGUGGAAGAUCUCAGAUUUGUCCUUGAUCACUUGAAGUUUGUUGAAGGCUGCAGGGUAAGCGAAGUCGUCAACACUCCACUCUGGUCGUGUGGCUCAUCACCAGUGGUGUUGGCUGCUCUAGCAGAGAGCCCAAGGCUGGUUCUAGCUUUGUUGCAGUACGGCGCUGGAGGUGGACCUGCUAAUCUCUACCUGUACUCAAGGUGCUAUACGAACGGCGUCUACCUGGCCAUCGCUUACCUAGUUCGGAAACUGGAAAGCCAGUUCAGAGAGGCAACCACUGAAGAAGAAGGCAACGGCCCAGGCGCAGACGGUGAAGAGGCAGGGGAACAGGCGGCUCCUCCUGAAGCAGGCAGGCAUCUUGACGACGACGAAGAAGGCAGACUCCUCCAGGGGGAUAAUGGAGAUGUGCCAGAGAGGGAGGUGCCGCAGAGGGAGAAGGGGUCCUCUGGUAAUCGUGAUCUUCUGAAGCUUGCCGGACCAACUCCCACUGCACUGUGUCUCAGGUACCUCCUCCGAGCCGUUCCAAGGGUCCCCAUCAAGUUCCUGCGAGACCAACUGAGCGGCUGCUUCAAAGACAGCUGGCAGGACGUGGCUCAUCUCCUGCCCCAUCCUUGCUGUUUGCAGCCUCCUUCUCUCCUCCAUCUAUCUCGCGCUGCCUGCAGACAGCACUUCCGCAACCAAGACCUGCUGCCUCAGGUCAUAGAUGACCUGAAUGUGCCCGAGACGCUGCGGGAAUAUCUGAAUUUGCUUAGGGAUUAAAGUCGAACGCGUGGAAGAUGUUCUCAUGUUCUGGCUACUCUUGUACACGACGAUGCUUAGCCUAGUAAGGCAAGGCAGGUAUUUAAGAAUGGUGCAUAUGAAAAUGACGAUAUGAGGCAGGAAUGUGAUGCCUUAUCCGACGAAUACGAUUAUUUACGAGUUUGUUUUCAUAGAAAGACUUCUGUCAGUUACCGACAUUUGCGACGUAAGUAGAAUGUCCCCGAGAAGUUGGCAACUCGAAUAUUUGCUAGCUGGGUUAGGAGGAAUAUGCGCUAUAUAUAAAAUAAUACUUAAAUCACUAAUACCUGAAUUGUACGAUAUUUAUUAAGCUGAUGGGAAAAUGAUAUAGAUCAAAACGAGAAGACAGACAUAUUGUGAAUCCAAUAUUUACAAUCUGGAUUAGGAGGAAUAUACACUACUAUAUAAAAAUAUACUUAAAUCACUAAUAACUGAAUUGUACGGUAUUUAUUAAGCUGAUGGGAAAAUGAUAUAGAACUCAACGAGAAGACAUAUGGUGAAAGUGAAAAAGGAAUGGUUGUGAUCGUUCCUGCAAAUAUACUGGAAAAUAAAUUCCUGGAAAUAUACUGGAAAAUAAAUGGGUU